GAAAACAAGCACCCUAUCAUUCUCUCUGUCUCUGUGUCUUCCUCCACCCUUCUCCUGUAGCUGUUCUACGCCUCCGCCGCCCUCUGAGCUCAGAGAAAAAUGGAAGCCAAGCCUUCUCCUCAGUUCAAGAUAAUCUUGGGAUCUUCUUCCAUUGCCCGUCGGAAAAUAUUAGCUGAAAUGGGAUACGAGUUCACAACCAUGACUGCUGGCAUUGAUGAAAAAGUCGUUAGGAAGGAGACGCCUGAAGAGCUGGUUGUGGCUUUAGCUGAGGCAAAGGUGCUGUGUUCCAUUUCUUCAUUAUUAGACUUUGGAAUUGCCCUUGAUGAAAUUUGAUUUCUUUACUUUGCUUUAAGUUGAUUUUAGGUUCUAUUGUUAUCAAUUUUUGUUUGUUAGACCUAGUUCAGAAGAAGGGCAGUUUGUUUUUUAUCGUCUUAUACUUCCUAAUGCAAGUUGCAGAGAGAAUUUUCUUGAUCCUUUCAUUAGUUUGAGUUUGAAUCACGUCACAGGCUGAUGCAGUUGUAUCGAAACUACAAACUAUUAGUAAUCAAGACAAGGAAGACAAACCAACAAUUUUGAUUGCAGCUGACACAGUAUGGCUUAAUUCCUUUUGGUUAUUGAUCAUACUCCCAAUUUAGAACUCCCAAUUUAGAACAAAAGCAUGUUUGUCAGGCCUUGUUACUACACCAAGUGCCAUCUAUGGUGUGAGGAUACAUUUUUGGUGAAGUACUAUGUUUCAGUACCAGCACCAUAUAUGGACCCAAUACUGAGAAAUAAGUCAUGAAUGCUACUUAGGCUGCAAAUAGCAUGUAUUUUUUUGCUGCUAAUCCAAAAUAUUUUUCUGUUGUGAUGUCAGUAGAAUCAUGAAGAUAGCUUAUCAUCCAAAUAAUGUUAUCAAAGGCAUAAUAUAAUUCUUUUCUCCAUGGCUUAUGUGCUUGGUUGGUUGGUUUUGAAUUUUCUUUUCUUUCCUGGUGAAAACUUCUUGAGCAGAAGCCAUCUUACAAAGGCUACCCCUUGGUGACUACAUAGCAAAAGUUGAGCUAACAUUGUUAAUUACUGCUGACCAAGUAUUAAUUAGUUCCUUUAGUAUUUUUUCAGUUCCUCGUUUCUCACUUUAUCUUACCUGUGCAUUCAACGUGUCAAACUUGCAACAAAUUGCCUGUUAUUUA